UUGCAACAAAACAAAUACAAGUAAGCAAACAUAAUGUAACACCCCUUUUUAAUAUUUAUUAAAUAUUUUGACGUCUUGACGCACAUAUUCCGCUUCCAUUCUGUAUAAAGAAUGCAUAGGUAUUUUCCAUGUGAUACCUUAAACAAUGCACUUGUCAAAUGUAUUAGGUGAAAAUAUGAAAUGUAAUUGAUUAAGCACUUAGUUUAGUUGUGACUAAUCAAAAGGGCGGGGCAGUCAAUAUUAAUAAUUAUAAAAAAAAUAUAAAUUACAGCUGUCACCAGUGUAGAAGUAGGUGGUGCCUGUUAGCGGAAGUGACCAAGGCAACCUGUUGAAUGACGUCACUCAUAAAUAUUAAGGAGGAAUGUUUAGCGUAAUCACCACGCUGACCUUAAAGGGAUUUUUUUCCCAUUAUUUUACUUGAUCCACCGAAGAGGUUGGUAAAUGUUAUUUAAUAUUAGUAAAGGUUAGUGGCGGUUCUUUAAUAUUAUUGGCGGUUUGUGGGGGUUGGAACCUGCGAGGAGGCGGAACCAGAGCGACCCCCACACUUUGUUCCCAAUGAGCAACAUUUCGAGCAACAGUUCUCCUCCAGCUCUCCUCGCUGCCCACUUGGCGCCUAAAAAGCAGAAAGGAAUCAAGAGGAAAAAUCUUCAUCCUUCACGUCUGAGGAAUUCGUCCUGACAAUCCAGCUUUCCUUUUAAGACUUUGUCCGUCUUUGCUGUGUUGAUGGAACAUUCUCAGUCGGAAAUGAACAUCUUGUCCAACGGGAAGAGCUACGACCUCGGAGACGAUGUGGGCGUGUCCAUGAAGACGCCGCUAGAGGAUGAUCAAAAUGGCACUCAAACAGUCAGGUUUGAUGACCCUGAUGGAGGAUUGGAGAAUGAGGAGUUCUUGCCAAGUGCAGAUGGAAAGAAACCUGUGCACUUCACUGAUUUUGAAGGCAAAACCUCCUUUGGAAUGUCCGUCUUCAACUUGGGUAACGCCAUCAUGGGAAGUGGAAUCUUGGGACUGGCGUACGCCAUGGCCAACACUGGCAUACUCCUCUUCCUGUUUCUUCUGACUGCAGUAGCAGCCCUGUCUUCUUAUUCCAUCCACCUGCUGCUCAAGUCCUCUGGCAUUGUGGGGAUCCGAGCCUAUGAACAGCUGGGCUUCAGAGCCUUUGGCAUUCCUGGGAAAAUGGCGGCCGGCAUUGCGAUCACUCUGCAGAACAUCGGAGCCAUGUCCAGCUACCUGUACAUUGUCAAGUCAGAGUUACCGCUGGUCAUCCAGGCCUUCUUGAAAGCUGACCCGAACGCAGAUUUGUGGUACUUGAAUGGCAAUUAUUUGGUCAUCAUGGUGUCUGCCAGCGUCAUCCUGCCUCUCGCUCUCAUGAAGCAGCUGGGUUAUCUGGGCUACACCAGCGGCUUCUCUCUCAGCUGCAUGGUGUUCUUCCUCACUGCGGUCAUCUACAAGAAGUUCCAGAUUCUCUGUCCUUUCGAGGAGUUCUCGGCCAACAGCACCGAGGUUCACCACAGUCUGAACGUGUCGAGCCUCAGCGACGAUCACGGCCUGGCUCACCAAGACGACAGCCAUUGCACGCCACACAUGUUCACCAUUAACUCCCAGACAGCCUACACCAUCCCCAUCCUGGCUUUUGCUUUUGUUUGCCACCCUGAGGUCCUCCCCAUCUAUACCGAGCUCCGCAAUCCGACCAAGAAGAAGAUGCAGAAAGUGUCCAACAUCUCCAUCUUUGUCAUGUACACCAUGUACUUCCUGGCUGCUCUCUUUGGCUACCUGACCUUCUACGACAAAGUUGAGCCUGAGUUGCUGCACACGUACAGUCGUAUCGAUCCGUACGACACGCUCAUCCUGUGCGUGCGAGUUGCCGUCCUCACCGCUGUCACGCUCACCGUCCCCAUCGUGCUCUUCCCUGUGCGUCGAGCCAUCCAGCACAUGUUGUUUCCCACCAAGUCUUUCAGUUGGCCGCGUCACACCAUCAUAGCUCUCGUGCUGCUGACUAUCAUCAACAUGCUGGUCAUUUUUGCUCCAAACAUUCUGGGUAUCUUCGGAAUCAUCGGAGCCACAUCUGCUCCUUGCCUCAUUUUCAUCUUUCCUGCUGUCUUCUACAUCCGAAUUGUUCCCAAAGACAAAGAACCAAUGAAUUCAACGCCAAAAAUCCUGGCUGCCUGUUUUGCCGCCCUGGGGGUGUCCUUCAUGAUAAUGAGCCUGAGCUUCAUCAUCAACGACUGGACGACGGGGAGCAGCAAUGGUGGCGGCGGCCACUAGAGUGUACGUGAGUGCAGAAAGAAGAGUCGACUCACUGAAAGAAACCACGAUGGCCCUCCAACCAGAACAAAGCUUUGCUAUAAAAGUCAUAACAAGAAAAGAGGAUACGAAUUAACAUAUAACACGUGCAUAAUUACUUCCUGUACUUUACAGAAGUAGGUUGGAUGCAGUACGUGUUUGACAGACAACAGGAGUGCGUAUUUAUAUUACUACUAUGUUUUUAAGGACUGUAUUUAACUACAAUGAAGUUAAUCAUCCAAAUGUUUCUCACGAUUUUUACACCAAAUGAUCAUCUUCACUUUUCCAUCCAUUUUCUACCGCUUGUCCCUCUCCGCGGUCGCGGGCGUGACUGGAGCCUAAUCUUUUUUUUUUCAAUUUGCGUUUACAAUCACAGUUUAUAAUAUAUACAUUCGCAACAUAAACAAUAAGCAAACUAAUAACAUUAUCAUGAAUGUUAAUAUUUCAACAAAGGACAUUUAGAUUCGAAUUCGGUAAAAAAAAAAGGAGUUUGUUAAACGUGUAAAUGUAUGAUUAUUUCAUGUAUAUAUUUCCAAUGUAAUUACAUUUUUUUUAAAAUCUGCAUUUUACUAAUAGAACCUCUUGGCCCACAGUUUAAUGUAUGGUUUGCUUUUUAUUCGUGUUAUGACAAAUCAUUGAUUACUGGUGAUUUUCAAAUAAUUCAUAACAGUACACCUCUCUUUGGAUUACUGCAAGUUUAAAUAUGCAGUUAAGUCAUCAAGUAUUAAAUUCCUGACCUUACUUUUAUUAGUCUGAUCUUUGGGGAAUGACAAAGAACGUGUAAAUUGUGUUUGAAAGUGUUUUUGUGCGCUAUUUCUCACUAACAAAUCAACUAAAUGACCGUUUUGCUCUCUAAGGCAGUGGUUCUCAACCUUUUUUCAGUGAUGUACCCCCUGUGAAAUUUUUUUAAAUUCAAGUACCCCCUAAUCAGAGCAAAGCAUUUUUGGUUGAAAAAAAGAGAUAAAGAAGUAAAAUAUAGCACUAUGUCAUCAGUUUUUCAUUUAUUAAAUUGUAUAAGAGUGCAAAAUAUUGCUCAUUUGCAGUGGUCUUUCUUGAACUAUUUGGAAAAAAAGAUAUAAAAAUAACUAAAAACUUGUUGAAAAAUAAACAAGUGAUUCAAUUAUAAAUAAAGAUGUCUACACAUAGAAGUAAUCAUCAACUUAAAGUGCCCUCUUUGGGGAUUGCAAUAGAGAUCCAUCUGGAUUCAUGAACUUAAUUCUAAACAUUUCUUUACAAAAAAAUAAAUCUUUAACAUCAAUAUUUAUGGAACAUGUCCACAAAAAAUCUAGCUGUCAACACUGAAUAUUGCAUUGUUGCAUUGUAAUGAAUGGAAUAGCCUACUUGAUUUGAUGUUCAGUGUAUGAACUUACAUUCAUAUUUUGUUGAAGUAUUAUUCAAUAAAUAUAUUUAUAAGGGAUUUUUGAAUUGUUGCUAUUUUUAGAAUAUUUAAAAAAAAUCUCACGUACCUCUUGGCAUACCUUCAAGUACCCCCAGGGGUACGCGUACCCCCAUUUGAGAACCACUGCUCUAAGGAGUUCAAUGGAAGAUCUUUUGAAGUAUUUUUGCGUUACUGUUAUUUUGAUGAUCGCUUUUUAAUUUCUACAUUUUUUAUGGGUUGUCAUUUUAACACAAACCGCAUGCAAUCAAUCUAUAAAUAGAAAAUAUACACAAUCCAAUGUAUUUUUUGUGAUUGUUGCUCCUCAAAGUGCCUGAAUUUGCAGCAGCUUUUUCAGAAAGCUGUGGCAAAAGUUGCAUGUUUUGUGACUUUUUUUUUUUAAUUCUAUUGAAUCAUCUUGUGAUUUUACAGAUUUCCUUGUAA